AUGCGGUCUUUGAUCGCUCACGAGGCGACCUAUCCAGUACUUGGUAUCUCUGAGCAUUGCAGAGGUAGCGUCAUUCAUUUAGAUGAUGGCGUUACUAAACCUGUAGAUCAUGGAACCGAUGAUCCUCCACAUCGGACCCAGGCAGACCCUUGGGGACCCGAUCCCGUUAUUCAGCCUGAAUUCAUCCCCCAUGAGCUUACCUCUGUCUCUGUCCAGCAGCCCAUGUCAAUCGACGAUCCAUACAGCGCCAUUGAUGGCUACUCUAUGCCCUCUGAAAUUAUUGUGGAAUUAGCCGAUCUGCAACCUACAAGCGGUUUGGGAAUUGAAGCAUAUAAGCCACGGACUGCUAAGCCUAAGCCUUGUCCUGUCACAACAGUGGAUAGACAACAGAAGGUCUAUGAUUCGCAUUUAGGCAAGAAAUCCACGGCGCUCCCCGCAACAGCCUCCUCUACAAGACCUCAGAAACAGUCUGCUCCAUGUAAUACGUCACAGGCACUAGAUAUCACUGAUCUCUCUACAGAUACACUAGCUUCUAACUCUCUUCACGUACCCCUCAAAGCAAGUAACGCAAGUAUCAAAUUGGCCUAUUUCAAGCACAAAAUCCCAGCACCCGAAAGAACGUUAUCAGCCAGUGGCCCCGAGGCGAGAACGACCUAUCUUGACGGAGGCUUCAAGAGAAGCUCACACUUUAAAUCUAGCCGUGUAGUAAUUAACAGCAAACCAGAUAUCUCCUAUAUAACCAUGAGCAUGCCAUCUGUGCAUCACACAACAAUGUCCAGAAGCCCUCGCAUUGUAUCUGGUAGAAAGCAGCCUCUUGAGCUCAAUGUUAGGGGCAGAGCUCUCUCAUAUAGAGAGCAAAUCACUCCUAGUAGGAAGAAGAAGGCGCUAAAGGAAGCGGAUCUUCUAAAGGUUACUACUUCAUGUGGUGAACCGAUUACUAAUCCCUUGAACAGUGAGCUCCUUGACUUAACACACCCGUUUUCUAACCAUCCGCUUUACCGGUCUUCUUUAUACACAGGGGACGUGCUUAAUCUGUAUGUGCAAGGGCAUACUGACAGAGAUUAUCCAAAGACUCAAGAUUGUGAUAGAAAGCGUCUUCAGCGACUGAUGAGGCCAACCGUCUCCAGUGCAGGUAAGGUUAGUACAUAUGCAACAUACCUUAAUUGUACGGACCUAAUUAGGAACCUACCCUUAGAAAGCGACGACUAUGCUCACCCCGACAAUAACAUAUCUAGUCAUGUGGACUAUCGCACUGACACACAGCUGCAUCUAGGAGCAGAUAAGGCUCCCCUUCCUGCUACCUCCAUAUCAGCCACAGAUCGCAUAUUACAUGAAAUUCUAACAGAGCAAGCAGAGGAGCGCAAUGCACACAUGCGCCUUCUCUCUAGAAACGAGCAAUCUCGUCCCAGGUCGGCGCCCCUUCGGGUAGCAACAGGCCUGACCGUCGACUCGCGGCCCAGGAGGCCUAGGAGCGCCAUGUUAGCCUUUGUGUCAGAGGCCCAGACAGUGGAGACAACCAUAUGCAGGAGAGAGCUUAGCUUGUCCCCAAAGCUAGAAGAGAAGAAGGGAACUGCGACACAACAUCUUCAAGAAGAGCCACUGGCAGAGGUGACCUUCAAUGACUCGUUCCCCCCAUUGAUCAAGCGAAACAGUUUUCUCCCCACACCGUCUCCUAAGAAUCACAUUUUAGCAGUUAAAAAGUCAGCCUUACACAGGCCGCAGCGGAAGUAUAACUACACAGGAGAAGAGUGCAGUUCUAUGGAUACGUUUCCUGAGGAAGUGAAUCUGCAGAAGCGGCUGCAGUUCAAAAGGAAAGUGAAGUCUGCUACAUCAUUGGUUGCAACGCUCCAGCUUUCUGGGCGGCCUACCGGAAGAGAAAUUACUACCCCUUCGUCCGCACGACUCUCACGAAAGCGUCAAGCAGCAAUGGAAACAAAUAGCUACGGGAGCGUUAUAAGCCCACAACUCCCUGCUUGUGCCACACACUUGAUGCAAGCGACACCAUCCAAGGAAGUUAGUACAAGCAACCAAAAGGUACAAAAGAGACAAGUAGAGGAACGCAUUCGACAACUCACAUCUCCCGAGCAUUUGCAGGACAGGCGUAUAGCAGAUAAGGAGGGGGAAUAUACAAAAUGGGGUAGCUGCCGUCAUGAGAGUCCCCAGAUCGCCCCUCCUCAGGUGGUACUUAAAGCAAACCAAAGACAAGCAGCAAGUGACCCGCGGCCCUGGUCAUCCUCCCAAAGACGGCGUGCAAACAAUACUAUUUCUGAUUUUGUGCCGCCGCGAUCUCAAUCUGCUAAUUCAUAUAGAAACUAUGAGCACUUUAUAGACAAAUGUUUGAGCGGUACGACCCCUACAUUCGUACCCACGACUCCUGUCUUGCACCAACCUCCAUCUCCAGAUAGAUUUUGGAAGCAUCAAGAGACUAUCCCAGAGCGGGACGCAGUUAUAGAGGCUAAAACUUCUAUAGAUAGGCGCUCUACAGUAGCAUCACACACAACUAAUUUUUCUAGCUUGACGUGCUUAACAUCAAAAAGUGGCUCUAGUUGUCAAUCCACGACGUUCCUCCGAGGGUAUAGUAGGGGCCGAGCAAACUACUUCAGCUCUCACCCGAUAAGUGGAAGGCACCACCAACAAGGAGGCUUAAUCAGUGGCCGCGGAGUGCCACCAAUGCAAGUCCCAUAUGGAGGUCUUGUUUCACCCCAUAAGAACUGCUUUCUGGCUCAGAUUGAUGAAGAGGAACGCUUUGCAUAUGCUAGCGGUCACUACGCGGAUCCCACUGGCCUAGCACGGAGUGUCCAGCUGACUACAAACCUGGGAGGGCGUGGUCAAAAAUAA